UGAUAGGGAGUACAGAGUGUUUGUUAGAAGAGUUUGAGUUGAGUGGCCAUUGAAAGAGGUGUUAGUUAUUGAGUGUUGUGUUUGUUGUGACGAAUGAAUGAAUGAAUGAAUGACUGAAUGACUGAAACAAUGGUCGCAUCUCUCGUUCCCAUCGAAUAGAAGACAACAAUGACGGACACGAAGAGACGCGUCAAACUCUACGCUCUCAACGCCGACCGCCAAUGGGACGAUCGCGGCACUGGACACGUCUCGUCCUCUUAUGUCGAUCGACUCAAAGGAAUGUCUUUGUUGGUGAGGGCCGAAAGCGAUGGUUCGCUUUUGCUUGAGUCGCGGAUAUUGGCGGACACGGCGUAUCAGAAACAACAGGAAACUCUGAUUGUUUGGUCGGAAGGAGACAACUAUGAUCUGGCGCUGUCCUUCCAAGAACGCGCCGGUUGUGACGAAAUCUGGGCCAAGAUUUGUAACGUUCAGGGAAAGGAUCCGUCGGUUGACAUAACGCAAGACAUUCAGGACGACGACGACGACCGCUUCGACGACACGCAGGAACAGACGCAUGCGCUGACUGUGGAUCUCCCGCCGCCAGACAGAGACCGAUUGGACGACUUGUUGGACACAAUGCAGGCGUGUUUGCCGUACCCGAUGAAGCGGGAGAAGUUGGCCGUUGCCAUAGAGACGGACAAUUACAUCCCGAAACUGUUGACUUUGUUCCGCGCGAUCGAAAGCGACGACCCGUUGGACACUCGCGCGCUUCACAAGUUGUACGACGUCUUCAAGAAUCUGUUUUUGCUGAACAAAAACCCGUUAUUCGAACAGAUGUUGGCCGACGACGCGCUCUUCGACGUCAUCGGUGUCUUCGAAUACGACCCGGCCGCCACUCAACGCCGUCACCGACAAUAUCUUCAGGAAGUUUCGCGUUUCCGAGAAGUGAUUCCGUUGGGAAACGCGGAUCUCGUCCAGAAGAUCCACCAGACUUAUCGCGUGCAAUACAUCCAAGACGUGGUUUUGCCGACGCCUUCGGUGUUCGAGGAGAACCUGUUGUCCACUUUGUCGUCGUUUAUCUUCUUCAAUAAAGUCGAAAUCGUGUCUCUUCUUCAAGACGACGACAAGUUCUUGCGCCAACUCUUUGCGCAGUUGGCCGCCGACUCGACUCCGGCCGACAAACGCCGAGAUCUCGUUCUUUUCCUCAAAGAGUUUUGCACUUUUUCCCAGACUCUUCAGCCGCAGAAUCGCGAGACUUUUUUCAAGGCGUUGUCGUCUUUGGGAAUCGUUUCCACUCUUGAAGUGAUUCUCGCGACCGAAGACUCGACCGUAAAGUUGGCCGCCGUCGAUAUUCUCACUUAUGUCGUCGAAUACUCGCCGUCAAUGCUUCGCGAAUACGCCCUCUCGCAGGAGGCGCAGCACCAGGAGGAACAACUGGUCGUCAAUGUWAUCAUCGAACAAAUGGUCUGCGAUUGCGAUCCCGAUCUUGGAAUGGCCACUCAAUUGGCGGCAAUUGUCAAACUACUUGUUGAUCCCGAGAACAUGUUGGCCGCUUCGGUCGUUAACAAGUCGGAAAAAACGGAUUUCCUCAACUACUUCUAUAAGCACUGCAUGCAUGUGCUGAUCGCCCCGGUACUCGCAUCCACAGCCGACGAACGUGCACUCAGUCGUCUGCGGUCACACCAGUCGACACAAUCGGCGGCUUUGUUGGCUCUAAUCGUCGAACUGUUGUCUUUCUGUGUCGAACAUCACGCCUAUCACAUUCGCAAUUACGUUCUUCAUCGAGAUCUGUUGCGACGCGUUCUUCAGCUUUUGCUAUCGAGACAUACAUUCCUUGUUUUGACUUCGCUUCGAUUUCUGCGGAAAAUCGUUGGAUUGAAAGACGAGUUCUAUAAUCGACAUAUUGUGGCCGGAAACCUUCUCGGACCAGUUGUCGACCGACUGGUCGUAAACGGCGGACGAUAUAAUCUUCUGGACUCUGCAAUCGUCGAGUUAUUCGAGUUUAUUCGCGCCGAAGAAGUGAAAACUCUGACGCAAUACGUGAUGGACCGCUUCUGGAAGGAAUUGGAACGCAUUGAAUACGUCCGGACUUUCAAAGCACUGCGACUUCAGUUCGAACAACACGCCGACAGACUUAAGGACCAGAAAAUAGCGAAUCACUCGACAGACGUCAGUCCCGUUCUGAUGUCCCGAAGAUUCACUAACAGAAGAGAUCCCAGAGAUAUGGACGAAGACGAAGAACUCUGGUUCAACGGCGACGACGAAGACUUGGACGACGAGACGCCAUUGGCCGACGCCAACUUCGACUACAAAUUGGAUCAGGAGUUCGAACAGUUCAACAAAAAGGCCGCAAAAGGUCUCGGAUAUCAAGACAUCGAUUCGGUGAAAAAGUCGUUCGAUUUGGACGACAGCAACAAACAACUUCGCACUGCUUCUCCCCGACGAACCCCUAUGUCCUCAACCGCUCCUCCGUCGCCCACAGAAACCGCUCUUCGAAAGGCUUUGGUCGACUACGACAUUGCGCCGGACGAAGACUCGGACGAAGAAUCGGGAGACGAUUCUGACUCUGAUUCGGAGCACUUGUCGGCCGCCAAACGGCAACGACUGGCAAACUCUUAGUGUUUAUACAUUUCGACAAAUAAUCACUCAUUGGUUUGUAUUUUGCGGCAAAAAUGUCAAAAUUUCAUCGAAAUCGCGACUUAUAUAUAAUUAUAUAUAAAGUGAUUAAUAAAUCAUUAUUUGAUUUGUUGUAUA